AUGUCUUUAAUAAAUAAAUUGUCGGACUUUGUCCAUUUCUUAAUAUCUAUCUAUCUAUCUAUCUAUCUAUCUAUCUAUCUAUCUUUUGUGGCUGUUUUUUCUAUGUUCACACUGCUUCUAUCUAUCUAUCUAUCUAUCUAUCUAUCUAUCUAUCUAUCAGUUUGCAUCGAACUUAUUCCAAACAACAAAGAAAAGACAAUCGUCGAAAAAGUUUAUUUCUUUCUUCUUCUUUUUUUCCGGUAUCAAACUCGGUGCACUGUUGGUCAAUGUUUAGGCAGGUGGGGGGUGGGGGUCUGCCUUUUGUUCUUUCUUCUUUUACGUUUCAUUUUCCCGUGUUGGUUUUCUCUUUUAUUUUGUUUUUAUUCGUUCUUAGGUUUGUAUCCACUACAUGUUAUGAAUAACAUCUAUCUAUCUAUCUAUCUAUCUAUCUAUCUAUCUAUCUAUCUAUCUAUCUAUCUCUUAUAUAUCUAUCUCAGUAUAAACGUAUCUAUCUAUCUAUCUAUCUAUCUAUCUAUCUAUCUAUCUAUCUAUCUAUCUCUUAUGUGCUUAUAUCUAUCUAUCUAUCUAUCUAUCUAUCUAUCUAUCUAUCUAUCUAUCUAUCUAUCUAUCCCUAAAGAUAUCUAUCUCAGUAUAAACGUAUCUAUCUAUCUAUCUAUCUAUCUAUCUAUCUAUCUAUCUAUCUAA